AUGUUGAAUCAACCAACGCCAAAGAAAGCUAUCGAUAUCAUUAUGUUCAGCGUACUUUUAUCUUUCUGUUGGCCGCUACCCAGUAACAGCAGCAAGACACGAGUAUUUGUUUAUAAAACUUUACAGAUCAGUAGCGUCAUUAGCGCUUGCACGCUUCUCCUGGCUUUGACAUAUGCGAUUUAUUUGCAUUCAGACGAUAUACUCAUUGUUUCUGAAUGCAUCUGCAUAUUUAUAGGCGUAAGUCAACAGGUGAUGCAGGCAAUUAUAUGCCACGUGGUCGGGGAGAUGUUGAACUGUGUUAAAGAGGCGCAACAAUAUGAAAAGGAAAUUUAUUGCAAACUUGUCGCGAAAUGCAGCACUUUUUUUGGAAGCUCUAUGGUAUGUACAUAUCUGACCUCGACUGUUUUUUCGGUAGGACCAGCAUUCAUGUCGGCAUCCUUUCCAUGUGACGCGGAAUAUCCAUUUCGCGUUAAUGAUACGCCAGUGCACGUUAUCAUAUAUAUGCAACAGUCUAUCGUCUGCUACCAGUCUGCUGCACAUUUGUGUCUGAGCAUGUUUGGAGCGCUUCUACUUUGGUUCACCGCGGCAAGGUUCGAGUGUUUGGCCAUUGAAAUGAGACAAAUUACAAAUAUUAGUAUGCUCAUUGUCUGCAUUAAGAAACAGUUAUAUUUAAGAAGAUAUGCAGAAAAGGUAGUUGAUAUCUUUCGUUUUAUAGUACUUUAUGCUAUAGCAGUAAGCACAUUUGGUCUUACUUUAUGUGGCAUUAUCUUGAUUAUGGAUACUCCACUAAUUGCGAAAAUACAAUUUAUAAUUUUAUCUCUCACUGUACUGGUCGAAGUUUAUAUAUAUGCAUGGCCAGCCGAUUAUUUGAAAGAUAUGAGUAUACAUGUUUCACGAAGUAUAUAUGAUAUAGUUUGGUACAAACAGACAUUAGAAAUGCAAAAAGAUCUACUGAACGUACUGGUAUAUCAACAACCAAUAAUUCUUUCUGUCAGAUGCAUAAUACCGGAGCUUUCUUUGCAUUAUUAUUGUUCGGUAAGGCAACUUAUCAUCCAAAUAUCGAUUAGAAGAAAUUGCAGCAAUACGAAAAUAGCUCUGUUUCGUGUAUUUUAUUUAUUUUGUACAGAAUAUCAGGGAAUUCUAUCCUUCUGUUGGCCGCUCCCUAGUAGCAGCAACACAACACGAAUCCUUUGGUACAAAAUUUUGCAAGUCUGUAGUGUUAUCAGCGCUUGCUCGGUACUCAUGGCUUUGAUGUAUUCGGUUUAUUUGCAUUCAGACGAUAUACUUAUUGUUUCUGAAUGCAUCUGCCUAUUUAUAGGUAUAAGUCAACUUGUGAUUCAGACUACUAUAUGUGUGAUCAAUCACGACUCCCUACAAUACGUGGUCGAGGAGAUGUUGAGCUGUGUUAAAGAGGCGCAACAAUAUGAAAAGGAAAUUUAUAACAAGCUUAUCGCGAAAUCCAGCAUCUUUUUUGGAAGUUCCAUGGUGUGCAUAUACCUGACCUCGACUGCUUUUUUAAUUGGACCUAUAUUUAUGCCAAAUCCACUCCCAUGUGACGCGGAAUAUCCGUUUCGCGUUAAUGACACGCCAAUGCAUGUAAUUAUAUACAUGCAACAGUCUAUCGUCAGCUAUCAAUGCGCUGCACACAUGUGCCUAUGUGUGUUUGGAGCGCUUUUACUUUGGUUCACGGCGGCAAGGUUCGAAUGUUUGGCCAUAGAAAUGAGACAAAUUACAAAUACUAGUAUGUUGAUUGUUUGCAUUAAAAAACAAUUACAUUUAAGGAGGUACGCAGAAGAAGUGGUUGGUAUUUUUCGUUUUAUAGUACUUUACGCUGUAGGAGUAAGCACGUUUGUUCUUACUUUAUGUGGCGUUAUUUUACUUAUGGAUACUCCACUGAUCGUGAAAAUACAAUUUAUUGUUGUAUCUUUCACUGUACUCACCGAAAUUUAUAUAUAUACGUGGCCAGCCGAUUACAUGAAAGAUAUGAGCAUACAUAUUUCUUGGAGUGCAUACGAUAUAACGUGGUAUAAACAGACGUUGAAGAUGCAAAAAGACUUACUGAACGUGCUGAUAUAUCAACAACCAAUAACUCUUUCUAUCAGAUGCAUAAUACCAGAACUUUCUUUACGUUAUUAUUGUUCGGUAAGGCGAAUCUAG